CAGAAGCUGCAUGCCGUUGGAGGACGGGGACGUUCCAUCAAGCGUUGCACGGCUUAUUUCUUUGGAGUAUGACAGGGCGUGUGGUAUCGCCAGGCUUUCGCAACCCUCAGCAAAGUUUCAGGAGGGUUGGGGCACUCCAGGAAGUACUCUCGAGGGUGUUUUCUUCAGGAAGGCCAUGCUUGAGACCCUGUUGGACGUAGAUCGCGAAGCUCGUGUUCUGUUGUCAUCUUAUCCGCCAUUGAAGCCGCAUAAAACGGCUGAAGGCCAUCUGAAAGCGCUCGAGGCUCUAAUCAACCUUCAAGAACCAUCCUGCCUGCAGAAGUAUAAUGUGCUCAUCGAGCAAGCCAGGCAUGCAGCGAACGAACCGAACGAGUUUGAAUACGAAGAAUGUGAUCGACUGGCGAAGUACAUCAUAACCGUGCUCAGGUUUGUUUCGGAAUCAUCCCAAGGUGCGCCAACACAGACUCGAUUCGAAAGAUCCGGGGGUGAGGGACAAUAGUGAAGGGUUCUUGAAAUUGUUGUAUCCCAAGACAUUACGACUACUGUUUUGCAUCGUGUAUCAGUAUCAAUAUCAGGACAUCUGGCAUAUACACUGUUGCUCAGUGGAGUACCAGAGGCAUCGGGAGGACAAACGUUUAGAACGAACCCAGCGGGGCAAUCUGUACACCUCAA